AUGUCGACCCGCUCUCAUCAAGGAUGUUGGACCUGCAAGCGCCGGCGCCGGAGAUGCGAUAACGGUCAUCCGUCAUGUGAGAACUGUGUCCAACGAGGCUUGGAUUGCGAGGGCUAUGAGGUGCGAUUGCGCUGGGGCACUGGGAUUGCUUCGCGGGGUCGGUUUACAGGAGCCGAUAAGCCUCUGGACGACAGUGUACCACCGAGGCCUAAGGGGAGACAAAGGGAUCGUAGUAAGGAGCGAAGGAAGCUUGAAGAGACAAGGAAGCUCGAAGAGCUCAAGGCAGAAAACCCGAAUUACACCGAGCUUUCCGCCACGACUCCACCGCCGGAGGACAUGGAAUUCACCGACAGCGCGAAAAAGGAUCAGGAGGAAGCCAUUUUCAACGAAUUCAUGAAAAAUGGAAUCAACGUCCUUCAUUCAACCACCGCUAAAAAUAGCAUGCUUCAACCCCGACUGCCCCAAUUGUGUCAAGAAUCUAGUGCCUUGUAUACCAUCUGCCUCACAUUCCAGUUAUCUUUGUCGGCGACUCAUACUCCACGCUUCUUCGAAUACUUCGACUCUGCGUUACGCGAAUUCCGAUCCGAGCUCGCCCAUAGUACGAUCCUCUCGGAUGGGACACUGACCGCGGGGCUGUUACUUUGUAGUAUUGGCUUGAUGCAUGGUUUACCCUGGACUAUGCAUCUAGAAGGCAUGCAUAAUAUCUUGCAAAGCCAUGGUUUGGAUGACCAACAGAGCACAAUUAGACAAAGCCUAUUCCGCGCCCACUUGCUCGAGGUCAUGGGGGUCAUGGACAUACCCUGUGUUGCGGUCGGGCGCCAAAGACCCAGUAUCGGCAUCUGGCGUCGUUUCUGUCAACCGACGGGACCAAGACACGGCAUUGAACCGGUUACAGGACUACCACGCACGCUAGUUGAUCUGUUUGCGGGAAUUGACUUCGAUACAACGGAGCAAAGCUUUUGGGAUUGGUCCGGCGAAGCGGGAAGCUUCUUACAGUGCUAUUUGUGGGAAGCCCAUCGCUUGGCCGGCAUUUUAACCCUUCGUCGAAAUGCGCGUCUUGGCAAACAGCUGUCUCCUGACAUGUCAGAAUCCGCGUCGUGGAGACACCCAAUUAAGUGCCCUCUGGAUGAAACGGUGUUGGUGGCCCGCAUAUUAGCCAAUCUUGAUGCUUUGCGUCUAGCAUAUUUCGAGCGACCGACAGAAGAACCAUGUAUCAGAAAUGCAGUCAAUCUUCCGCUAUUUAUUGCAGGCCUUGAAGUUACCGUUAUUUCUCACAAUCCACAGUGGCAGAGAACAAUUCGAAGUUGUGUACUUGGUUCGCGUCAGGAUGAGAUUCUUCUCGAUAUCCUGGAAGAACUCUGGCAUCGCAAUGAUCCUAUGCUUGAUGUGGAUGACAUUGCCCGAGCAAGAGGGGUAGAAAUGGGAUUGUUGUGA